AACAAUGUAAUGGGUGAAUGGUUAGGUGACUUUCUCCUCUUGGAAUGAAAUUUAUUUUCUUAUAAAAAAAAAAAGUAGUAAAUACGGACACAGUCUGAAUCUCCCUCUCUCACCAAACACAUUCAUGGCUCUUACGGGCUAAGUUUAUACAAAUACUAAAUUCCAAUUGACUACAUCAAUCAACUGCUUAGUUCAUAUAUCACUACAGCGGAAAAGAAAUUAAGAAGGCGAGCGUGGUUGGCAUAAACUGGACCCUGGCACAACUAAGGAGCAUAUUGAAAUUUUGAAUGUUGAGUGCAUCAUCCAUGGCUAAAAGCAAAAAAAAAAAAAACAGUUUAAAGUUAUAAAAAGGGAUCUGAACCAGCAUAAGCGGCUAGGUAAUGUAAAGAAUACAGACGGUGCAUGCACACUUAGUUCUAGUUAAGGGAUAUUGUUAGUACUAUUAUCACCUGCAACCUUCCCUCGUUCAGUUGACAUGUCCUUGUUCAGUUGACGUGCUACAGAGUUACCAAACUCAUGAUCCUUGGUUAAGAAUUUAGUCUUUCCGUUGCAGCAAAAUGUUAAAAUCAUCAGCAGGAGAUGACACUUUUACAUAAGUAGGAUGCGAUGAUAGUGACUCUACCUGUCAGUUUUGUCCGACUUUUACAUCAGUAGGAUAUUUAGUGAACCAAAGCUAUAACAGGAUUUUCACCAACCUGAGAAAUUUAUUUCGGCAGAGAAAUAUAUUGACAAGGGUGUAAUAUGCUUGAUGAGGAAAUAAAGAGAUGGGUUUCAUAGGCUUUUAGUUCAGAAUUAACCUCCAUUGCUGUUGGUGAUUUCCACUUUUAGGAGGAUUGCAAUAGCAAGUGAAGUUGAACAAGAAGGAGAAAUGGCUCUUGCUCCUGCUCUUUCAAAUCCAUUCUCAGCCAGACGCGUCCAUCACUUCAACAGCUUCACGAUCCUUAGACUCUCUUCCUCGUCUUCUUUUAAAAUUCGUUCAUCCAUUAAAUCAAUUCUUGCUGUUUCUGUCAAGGAAAAUAACAUUGGUGCCCUUGAGAGGAAAAAAAAGAAGAACUGGAUGGAUUUCACUAGCUUAAAUUACUGGGUUGUUCGUGAUUACUAUCAUCUAGUUGACUCUGUGAAUUCUCUAGAGCAUCAUAUUCAGACUCUUUCUGAUGCAGAGUUGGCUGCAAAAACCGAAGAAUUUAGGCAUCGUCUGGGUCGUCAAGGGGAAACACUUGCUCAAAUUCAAUCUGAGGCCUUUGCUGUUGUUCGUGAAGCGGCCAAAAGGAAGCUAGGAAUGCGCCAUUUUGAUGUUCAGAUAAUUGGUGGGGCUGUUCUUCAUGAUGGGUCCAUUGCUGAGAUGAAGACGGGUGAGGGUAAAACUCUGGUUUCUACCUUGGCAGCUUAUCUAAAUGCAUUGACGGGUGAGGGCGUCCAUGUGGUUACGGUCAAUGAUUACUUAGCCCAGCGUGAUGCAGAGUGGAUGGGCCGGGUACAUCGUUUCCUCGGUCUAUCUGUGGGUCUUAUCCAGAGGGGGAUGACUUCUGAAGAGAGGAGAGCAAACUACAACUGUGAUAUAACCUACACCAACAACUCUGAACUUGGUUUUGACUACCUUAGGGAUAACCUUGCGGGUAGUAGAGGGCAACUGGUUAUGCGAUGGCCAAAGCCGUUCCAUUUUGCAAUAGUUGAUGAAGUUGAUUCAGUACUUAUUGAUGAAGGAAGGAAUCCCUUGCUAAUUAGUGGUGAGGCUAGUAAAGAUGCCGCGCGCUAUCCUGUUGCUGCCAAAGUGGCAGAACUUCUUGUACGAGGCCGUCAUUACAAUGUCGAACUCAAGGAUAACUCAGUAGAGUUGACUGAGGAAGGGAUUGCUCUUGCUGAAAUGGCUCUUGAGACAAGUGACUUAUGGGAUGAAACUGAUCCUUGGGCAAGAUUUGUGAUGAAUGCUCUGAAGGCUAAAGAAUUCUACCGUCGGGAUGUCCAGUACAUUGUAAGAAAUGGAAAGGCACUCAUAAUCAAUGAACUCACAGGUAGAGUUGAAGAGAAACGGAGAUGGUCUGAAGGGAUUCACCAGGCUGUGGAGGCCAAAGAAGGUCUAAAGAUCCAGGCAGAUUCAGUUGUCGUGGCCCAAAUCACCUAUCAAUCAUUGUUUAAGCUUUAUCCAAAACUUUCGGGGAUGACUGGAACGGCAAAAACUGAAGAGAAGGAAUUUUUGAAGAUGUUCCAAAUGCCUGUCAUUGAAGUGCCAACAAACCUAUCAAAUAUUCGUAAAGAUUUACCUAUUCAAGCUUUCGCAACUGCACGUGGGAAAUGGGAAAAUGUGCGCCAAGAAAUUGAAUACAUGUUUGAUCAGGGCCGUCCUGUUUUAGUCGGCACAACUAGCGUUGAAAAUUCUGAAUAUUUGUCUGAUCUGUUGAAGGAGACAAACAUCCCCCACAAUGUCUUAAAUGCACGGCCUAGAUAUGCCGCAAGGGAAGCCGAAGUUGUCGCCCAAGCAGGUAGAAAAUUUGCUAUCACUAUAUCUACUAAUAUGGCUGGCAGAGGCACGGACAUAAUCCUAGGGGGGAACCCAAAAAUGCUGGCUAGAGAGGUUAUUGAGGACAGUUUGCUAUCAUUUUUGACUCAAGAAGAUCCAGAUGUUGAUAUCGAUGGAGAGCCAAUUUCCCAAAAGGGAUUGUCUAAGAUAAAAGUCGGACCAUCAUCAUUAGCUUUGCUAGCCAAGACUGCUCUUAUGGUUAAGUACGUACGAAGAAGCGAAGGAAAAAGCUGGACAUAUCAAGAGGCAAAAUCCUUAAUCUCGGAGUCCAUACAGUUGAGUCAGUCAACUGGUAGGCAAGAGCUCGAAAAAAUUCUAGCGGAGGAGUCGGAAAUGUAUCCUCUCAGUCCUACUAUAGCAUAUGCUUAUACUUUGGUUUUGAAUGAUUGCGAAGAACAUAGUUUGAUAGAAGGGUCUGAGGUUAAGAGGUUGGGGGGGCUCCAUGUGAUUGGUACCUCUUUACAUGAGUCACGAAGAAUAGAUAACCAGCUCCGAGGGAGAGCUGGUAGACAAGGAGAUCCUGGAUCAACAAGGUUUAUGGUGAGCUUACAGGAUGAAAUGUUUCAGAAAUUCAAUUUCGACACUGAGUGGGCUGUCAAACUCAUAUCAAGGAUUACAAAUAAUGAGGAUAUACCAAUUGAGGGUGAUUACAUCCUCAAACAGCUUUUGGGGCUGCAAAUAAGUGCUGAGAAGUACUUCUUCGGCAUAAGGAAGAGCCUUGUUGAAUUUGAUGAAGUAUUAGAGGUACAAAGGAAGCAUGUCUAUAACCUUAGGCAAUCAAUUUUAGCAGGUGAUUCAGAAAGUUGUUCUCAACACAUAUUCCAGUACAUGCAAGCAGUUGCAGAUGAAGCCGUCUUUGGAAACACUGAUCCACUUAGGCAUCCAAGUAGCUGGAGUCUGGGUAAGCUGUUGAAUGAGCUCAAUGUAAUUACAGGGGAGACAUUUGCUGAUAUAUUUGAAGGGAUAACGGAGGAAGCUUUAUUGGCGUCAUUAGAACAGCCGUAUGACCUAAAAUCUGUUGAAAUUGACAACUUUUCCCUUGUGAACAUGCCCAUACCUCCAAGUGCAUUUCGAGGAGUGCGCAGGAAGAGCUCUUCCUUAAGACGUUGGCUCCUAAUAUGCACUGAUGAGUCGUCAAAGAGUGGACCUUAUCAGGUAACUUGUAAUCUUCUGCGCAAGUACCUUGGGGACGUUCUGAUCGGUUCUUAUCUAGACGCCGUACAAGAAUCCGGUUACGACGACGUUUACAUAAAAGAAAUUGAGAAGGCAGUGCUUGUGAAGACUCUUGAUUGUUUCUGGAGAGAUCAUCUUAUAAACAUGAACAGACUAAGUUCAGCAGUAAAUGUGCGGAGUUUUGGGCAUAGAAAUCCACUCGAGGAAUACAAGAUUGAUGGAUGUCGGUUCUUCAUCUCAAUGCUCAGUGCUAUCCGUAGAUUGACUGUUGAAUCGCUUUUACGAUAUUGGUCAUCCCCAACUGAAUCAGAUGACUUAUUUGUUUCAUAAAUGAAUGCUCCGUACCCAAUCAAGUUAGUAGGUCGUUCCUUUCAUUUGUUCGUUCCGUAUUAAUUAAUUAAUAUAUUAAUUGCUGUAAGAUGGAUGCAAGGGGAAAUUCAUGAAAUAGAGUCGAAAUUUUAGCAGA